AUAAAGCCGCCAUUAGCGGUUUUGCCUCUCUUCCUCGCUUCCUUCCUGAUCGACUCGACUUCUCUGCACGGUCGAUGCGAGUGCGACUGCGUGGGGAAGAGCUAGCGCACGACUCGGUUUGUUUUCCUCUGAUUGGUCAAAUUAGAAGCAAGGCGUGGUUCUUGAACCCCUGGCUUUUUUACGAGAAGAAAUCGCGUCGCCUCAUUCAUAGAGCCGAAAUUCCCCUUGUUCUUUCCCUAAGGUUAGCAGUCGAACAUUCUUCGCACGAAGAGCCGUAGAGAGAAUGACGAAAAUGGGCGAGUCUGGGUAAUUCUGACAGCCACUCGGAGAUCUUUUGCUUUGAAACAGCUACGCUCCUGGUUGACGGCCCAUGGCGAGCUCCGUUCCGUGAAAUCCGCUUCGUUCAGAUACUCGUUAUUUCCAGCACUGUCAUAGCAUCCAGCAUCGCGGUAGCUCGUUCAUCCCUUUGGGUCGUCACUUAGCUUCGGAAGUCCCAGCCCAGGUUCGGAAGUUGCGCAGAACCAACUUCAAUUCAGGAGGUCGUCUAAUCACCCAGUUCUGAAGAAUCUUGAGAAACUUCCCUAAGGAGCGGAGAGGAUCGUGACGCCAUGCUAGGAAGUCUUUAAUUACCCGGAUCUGGAGGAGGUGGCGAAUAAGGAGAGGGGGUCGCUGAAUAAGCUCCUUUUGCGCGGUAUUCGUCCGCGAAGUGCGGGGAUCUUUCUUGAUAUUCCAACCAGGAGAUACUUCACGCGAAGAAUUUCAAGAUGGAUUCCCUGAGGGCGGGAGCCCACGUGAUGACGUCAUCUCUUCUCUACACCAUCUCGUCCGGUCCCUCUUUCUCGUCCGACUUUUGGCCUUCCUUCUGCGGACCACACGACCCCUACUCCCAACACUGCCUCACCGCCUCGCUCCUUUCCCCCCCCCCCUCCUCCCCUCCUCUCUCCUCCACCUCACCCACCCACCUCCUCCUCCCCUCCCAGUACCCCCCUCUCCCCCACCCCUCCCCUCUCCGCUCUCUAACAUCACUCUUCCCACAGUCACAUGGCCCCAGAUAGAGCGCCUAGCAGCAGUGGAAACCAGCCCGGGGUUCCUGCCUCCCUGGCUGGUGUACCUCCCGGUCUCCCCAUGCCUGCAGCACGCCUCCUUCCUCCUCUUCUCCGCGUUUUUCAUCGUCUGCACUCUUUCCCACCUCCUCAUCCUCCCGAAACCCAAACCCACACACCCCCCGAGCCGCUCUCCUUCCGCUCCUUCCUCCUCCUCUUCCUCCACCUCUUCCGCUCCUCCCGCCUCUUCUGCCUCUGCCUCUUCCUCCUCCGUUAACCCUUCCCCCUCCGCCUUAUCCUCCUCUCGAGUACCAAGCUUGAGGACGACAACCGAAGAGGCUGAAGAACCAGAUGUUACCACAGCAGCAGAGGCACACUGGGAAGCAGGGGCAGGGCACUGGCUCUCUCUCUUCCUCUCCCUCCUCCUCUCCGUCUCCUGGGCGAUUCUGAUUCUCUCCGGGCUCCUAUCCACUCUCAUAUACCCCGCUGCUGGCAGCAAGCACAGGGCGUAUCCACACGACCUGGCCUAUGCAGCCGGCCAGGUGGUAACCUGGUUACUAGCGCUCUGCGUGUUACUGCUGUACGGCAAGCGAAGGGACAGAAGCCUCGUGGGUUCGGCUAGGGUUUGGCUGUUUGCCAAUGCCGGUGCGGUGCUGCUGCUUUCUGCUGGUGUGGCGCUAAGGUUUGGCUCCCCUGGAGGGUUGAGGACAGUAGUAGGAAGUGCAGAAGUGGAGGGUACAGCACACAAAGGUGCCUUUGGGGAUGAGGCGUCUGCUUUAGAUAGCACAGGGGCCUUUGGAGUGUGGAGCGAUUUUCUCACACUAGUUACCCUCCCAGUGGCUCUUUUCUUUGGGGUGAUUGCGGUCAACGGACGUCCGGGAUGGGCUUUGCCUGGGGCGCAAUCUCAGCCGUCGGAUGUAGAAUCUAUCGAAGAUGGGUUGCGGACGCCGUUGCUGAGCGGUGCAGGAGCAACCAGAGAAGGCCACGUGGCAGAGAAGCCUAAGAAGCAGCAUCGGAAAUCGAUUCUCUCUAGAGAGUCAGUAGGGGGUUCAGGAGAAGCAGAGGAGGGGGGGAAUCGGCGGCGUUCACACUUGGAACAGUUGAAAGAUGAGGAGGAGGAAGAGAGGAAUCCGCAGCAGCAGCAGGAGCCCCCUGUGACCCUCUAUGCCUCUGCUGAUUGGCUCUCAGCGCUCACGUUCGGGUGGGUCUCGCCGUUCCUGGAGGCAGGCUCGGAGAAGACCGUGGCUGUAGAGGACGUGCCGAGCCUAAGGGCGUGCGACCGCGCCGAAGCUAACUUCCGAUCCUUCGAUGCGAGCUGGGCGAGGCAGAUUGCUGCGGCCGAAGCUACCGAAGCUGCGGCAGCAGAUAGGGACAGAGGAACAGGCUCCAUUGUCAGUCUCCCUUGCUCACUCGCUCAGGCGUUCUCUUGUGAAAACCUUUGCUUGGUUCUCUAUCGAUGCGCCUCCGCCCUUUCCUCCUGCAUUCUAUACGCCAAAUCCUCCCUCUCCUCGCUGUUUAGCUCACCUUACGCAGACUGCAAGGCAGAGGGGACUGUAGAGAAGGGGGAGCAGGAGGGGGAGGGGGAGGAGCAGAGCAACCCCAAGGCGACGGUAACCAGGGCUCUCUGGGAGUGUUUCUGGCGGCCGCUGGUGCUGACAGGUGCCCUGGCGCUGGGCAAGACGGGGGUGAUGUAUGCCGGGCCGCUGCUGCUCAACAGCUUUGUGGCGUUCGCUGCGGGGGAGAGGGCGAUCCCAGGGGAGGGCGUGCUGCUCGUGCUGGCCCUGUUUCUUUCCAAGGCAUCAGAAAUCGUGCUGGAGCACCAGUUCAACUUCAGAUCAGAGGUGCUUGGGCUGGAUAUCAAAGCAGCCCUGGUUGGCGCUCUCUACCGCAAGGGGCUGCGGCUGUCGAGCAAAGCGAAGCAGAGACACACGAUAGGGGAGAUCGUCAACUACAUGUCCACGGAUGCACAGCGCCUGGCCGACCUCAUGUGGGAGCUGCACAACAUCUGGGUGCUGCCGCUGCAGAUCGUCUGCGCUCUUGUCAUCCUCUUCAAUGUUGUUGGCAUCAGCAUGCUCGCAGGACUGGGCGUGAUGUUAGCAGUGAUGCUCGCCAACCUAGCAGUGGCCUCAGGAAUCCACCGGUUCAUCACGGCAAUAAUGUCCGCAAAGGACGCGCGCAUGAAAGCCACCUCUGAGGCCCUCUCCUCAAUGAAGAUCAUCAAGCUCUACGCCUGGCAGCAGCACUUCCAGGCGAAAAUUCAGUCCCUUAGGGACUCCGAAGCCUCCUGGCUGGUCAGAUUCAUGGCAUACGCAGCAGUCAACAUCUUCCUCCUCUGGCUCACCCCGCUCGCCGUCUCCGUCGCGACGUUUGGCACGAUGAUCGCCCUCGGGGUGCCGCUGACCCCCGGGUCGGUGUUCACUGCGAUCGCGACGUUUCGGAUUCUCCAGGAGCCGUUGAGGUCGUUCCCCUCGGUGAUCAGCGCGGUGACUCAAGCUAUGGUCUCGCUGAAGAGGCUGUCGAGGUUCCUGUCGGAUGAGGAGCUGCAGUGGGAUGCGGUGGAGAGCGUUGGGAGGGGGGAAGGAGGGGAUGGGGAGGGGGGCGAGGGACUGGUGAGGGGUGGUGAGAGAUUGAAUGGGGGUGAUUCUGGAGUUGGACUUGGAAGCGGCCAGCAGCAGGGGGGGGAGAAGGAGGGGGAGAGGGAGGGGGAGAGGGAGGGGGAGAGGGAGGGGGAGAAGGAGGGGGAGAGGGAGGGGGAGAAGGAGGGGGAGAGGGAGGGUGAGAAGGAGGGGGAGAGGGAGGGGGAGAAGGAGGGGAAGAGGGAGGGGGAGAAGGGGAAGGGGGAGGUGGAGAGUGAGAAUGGGGGGAGGGAGGAGUCUUCGGGGAGGGGGAAGGAGGAGCAAGAGGAGGGGGAGAGGCAGAAGCAGGGAGAGGUGGGGCCGGACGUGGUGGUUCGGAUUGAGAGGGCUACGUUCAGCUGGGAUGCAGACCCACAGAAGCCCACGUUGACUGACGUUGACCUGGAGAUUAGGCGGGGAAUGAGAGUGGCCGUCUGUGGGACCGUGGGGGCGGGCAAAUCCUCCCUGCUGUCGUGCAUCCUGGGGGAGGUGCCAAAGCUGCAAGGGAAGGUGUUUGUUGCGGGCCCCACAGCCUACGUCCCCCAGUCCGCGUGGAUCCAGAACGCCACCAUUCGGGACAAUAUUUUGUUCGGCCAACCACUAGACCGCCCGCGCUACCAGGCGACCCUGCAGCAGUGCGCGCUGGUGGCUGAUCUGCGGCUGUUCCCCCGGGGGGACGAGACGCAGAUAGGAGAGCGAGGGGUGAACCUGUCGGGCGGCCAGAAGCAGCGCAUCCAGCUGGCCAGGGCGAUGUACGCCGGGGUGGGGAUGGGUGCAGAGGUUUAUCUGCUGGACGAUCCCUUCAGUGCCGUGGACGCCCACACGGGAUCAGAGCUCUUCAUGGAGUUCGUGCUCAAGGGCCUGGCUGGCAGGUCUGUCAUCCUGGUGACGCACCAAGUGGAGUUCCUUCCCGCUGCUGACCUCAUCCUGGUGAUGAAGGAAGGGCGCAUAGUGCAGGCAGGAAGAUACGACCAGCUGCUGGCAGAGGGCACUGACUUCUCUGCCCUGGUGGAAGCACACACGGACGCGCUGGAGAGUGUUGGAACAGCCACUGCCGCUGCUGCUACAACUGCUGCCGCUGCCGUUGCUGCUGCUGCCGAUGCAGCAGCUGCUGCUUCAGCUUCUUCCUCUGCUCCUGCUCCGGCUGCUGCUGCUGCUGCUCCUGCUGCUCCUGCUGCUGCUGCUACUGCUGCUGCUGCUGCUGCUGCUGCUGGCCUCGCAUGCGCAGCUUCGGAAGGCGUCCGAUCCCAUGCUCCUGCACACAGCAUCCCCAGAGUCCCACCAGAUCCUAGAUAACAUGGACAUAGGGGACUUGGGUGGGAAUUCUGUUGGUGUUUCCGGUGCUGCUGGUGCUGGUGGUGGUGCUUUUGGGGGGGCUAUAGGGGAGGAUGGGGAUGGGCAGUUGAUUAGUGACGAGGAGAGGGAGUCCGGGCGGGUUUCCUUGUCCGUAUACUGGCACUGGCGUGGCAGGCGCUGCAGAUCGGAUCUGACUGGUGGCUCGCCACGUACAGCUCAGCAGACUCGGGAAACAGCUCAGCAGGGGCAGGCUACACGUCAGCAGGAACGGGGUACACGUCAGCAGGGGGCUGAAUACAGCUCUGCAGCGGCCGGGUUAAGUAGCAGUGUUCUGAGCAACCUCACCUCUGCUCUCUCCUCUCCUUUCGCCUCUAAUC